GCAUUGGCGGCACUGUAUCGUACACUACAGUACAGUCAGUACACACCAACUUUCUCUUCUCCUUCUUCUCACUUCACAUACUUGUGAACCAAACACACAGAGAGACACACACGCGCACACACUCUCUCUGUCUGCAUAUUAUCCUUGCACACCAAUUAGGUUGUAACUACUCUCCAAUUCGAUCCUUCUGGAACUGUCACUGUCGGGGCUAUGCCCACUAACGAAGACUUCCAAGGUGUUUCAAAUUGUUAUGUGUUCAAGAGCCGUUUGCAAGAGUAUGCUCAGAAGGCGGGAGUUUCAACACCUGUCUAUGAAACUAUCAAGGAAGGACCUUCCCAUGAACCUUGUUUCAGGUCAACAGUGAUAGUGAACAAUGUUCGGUAUGAUUCUUUGACUGGAUUUUUCAACCGUAAAGCAGCAGAGCAGUCAGCUGCAGAAGUUGCUUUGGUUGAGUUGGUCAAAUCUGGUGAAGUUAAUCAAUCCAUCACUCAACCUGUUCAUGAAACUGGAUUAUGCAAGAAUUUACUUCAGGAAUAUGCACAGAAGAUGAAUUAUGCAAUGCCUAUGUAUCAGUGCAAAAGGGAUGAAACACCAGGUCGAGCAUCAGUAUUUACAUGUACAGUUGACAUUGGGGGGAUUCUCUAUAUUGGGGGAGCAGCAAAAACAAAGAAAGAAGCAGAGAUAAAAGCUGCUAGAACUGCUUUAUUAGCUAUCCAGUCAAGUGCAUCUCAUUCUUCCCAAAACCAGUUUGGUCAAUCACAGUUGACAGUCAUUCCAUGCAGAAAAAGGGCAAUAGAAUCUGCUGCCCUUCCUGAUGAGACUUCAAAUACCCCAAAGCCUAAGAAAGCACGAUUUAAAAGGAAAUCUUCAAAAAGGAAACUCUCUAGAGGUAAGAUGGGCCAUAUUCAUGCUGAAAACUUGGGCACCGGGGCAAAUAUCAAUCAUGAGGUAGAAUCACAUGCAAGUGUUAAUGAUGAGUCCUGCGUCCAGGAAAUGAAAUCCGAAGCAUUCACUUCAGAAGCCAUGAAGAAUUUUGAGAAUGGAAUAUCGGUUGAUUAUCACGAGAAAGAAACAUUGGCUGGUGAGGGUUCUUUAGCUCCGAAUAGCGAAGGGAUUUUUGAAAACGGGAAGUCAACAGAAUUGCAUUCCAGAGAGAACAAUCUUGGGAUUGUUGCUACAGAACUAUCUUCUGUGCCUAACGGAGACAUACCGGAAAUGAGUGUGGAGAUGAACAAACAGCAAUAUAAUGUAGAAAUGGUAUCUGACAAAUAAUUGUAUUGUGAGUUGUUUUGAGGCUUCAAGUAUUAAAUGAUUACAACGGAAGAAAAUAUCCAAGCUGGAGCAGACAUUUAUUAGGGUUAGGAAACCUUGAGGAUUCCAACAUUUUUUCUUUGUUGGGUGUCGCUCAGUGACAGUAAGGAAAGUAGAAUAUAGACAGUGAUAUGAUUCAAAGCAAGUUGAUAAUUUUUAUCAGUUAGCUGGUGUUUCAGACCAUUUAUGUAUCGUAUUGUAUUAUUAUAAUUUAUAUUUGAGCUAUCUGCUCCAUUUGUCCGCAACAUGGGACAUGAGAUUUGGAUAUGUAGUUGACAACUUAUCAGGGAAAAAGCAUUUUAUAUAUGGCUGAAAA